AUGAGUGUAGAAUUAUGGUUCGAUACAGACAGUGAAGACGAGGAGGAAUAUGCUAAUCUUGCGGUAGAGCGUCGGCGCAUCAGAGAUAACUCCAAUCCGUUGGAUCAAACUGAAAAAUCGAUAUCCAAAGAGAUUUUUAAAUACCUACGAGAAAUAAAUGCGAUUAAACUUGGUUUCUAUGCCAAAACCGGAUUUCCAGGAGUAAUCGGAUGCGUCGAUGGAACUCACGUAAGCAUCAUACCUCCAGCUCGCGACAAGCACCUGUAUUACAAUCGUAAAGGGUUUCACAGUCUAAAUGUUAUGCUGGUUUGUGACCAUAACUUAGUGAUUCGAUAUCUUGAUGCAAAUCACCCAGGUUCCUCCCACGAUUCUUUUGUAUGGAAUGGUAGUUCACUGAAUCAGCUCCUAUCACAAAGAUACGAAAACGGGGAGAGGAACUCCUGGGGUGAUGCCGGCUACCCUUUGACGCCAUUUCUUAUUACCCCCUUUCGAACCGGUUCAAGUACCACUGAUCGACAGACGAGAUUCAAUGAAGUACAUUCCAAAACUCGCAUCACAGUGGAAAGAUCGAUUGGAAUGGCCAAGAAUACUUUUCGAUGCUUAUUAGGAGCAAGGCAGCUUUAUUAUAAGCCUGAAAAAGCCACGCAAAUAGUAAAUGUUUGCAACCUUCGCAUUAAGCAUAAAAUGGAUUAUGACGAGCCGGAAUUACAGGAUGGUGAAGGGGAUGCAGAGUUACAUGGUAUGGAUGGAAAUCAACAUGAUGCGUCGAUGAUCAGAGAGGAAAUCAUGAACAAUAUCUUAUAAAUAGCAGGCAAGUUGUUUUAUGCAGUAAUAAAAUUAAACGAAUAAAUGUUGUUUUAUUAAAUGACAUACGACUAACUUAAAGCGACGAAAUUUAUUUCAAGUUCAAUCUACAAAACAAUGACGUUUAUACUGAUAUUUUUGGAAAGUUAACUUAAAAAAUGGUAGCUAUAAAUUAACCCUCACUAUCAUCUCGGUCUAUGUCAUGAACAUCCUGCGCAUCAAUAUUAGCCGUUGUUCUCCGCCCCUGUUGACGCGCCGGUCAACGAAACGGAGUAGAAGAAGAAACGGGUUUCCAAUUCAGUAACGUAUAUUAUUGCACGUUAAAAAAUCCUGAAAUUUCACCAUCUUUUAGAUUUCAUCCCUAUUUCACAUAAUUAAUUCACUUACGUUUAGUCUAUUUCUGUUUUCUUCUUCCUUCUUUACUAUCUUAGUUCUUCCUUUCUUCCAAAUCUUAACCUCUCAACCUACAUAUGUAUAACUUUUAUUAGCAGUUUAAGGGAUACGAAUAUAAGUUUUCUAUCUUACAUUACUCAAUGCACAUCCGUCCGAAAGCCAAUUUCUGCUGCUGAAGAAACUUCACAAUUAAUGAACCGUAUAAUUCUAGCGGAAAACAACUAAUGCACUAUUCGUCUUCGUCGCCAAGUAGAUUACUCAUGGUUUCCGAAAAUUGCGCCAGUCAUCAUUCGUAGUGACAGUUUGUUAGUACGUCAUUUACCUCUCGGCAUGACGUGUUGCUACGAACAGCGCAUUGUUCCUUACAGUGAGUCGCGCUGACCAAGGGGU